AUGGAGGUAUCCCGACAGGCCUCCUCGCUGCGCUCGUCCGGGAUGGCCAAGAAUUCAGAAGACACCACAGCACCGACUGCGGCAGAUAGACUCAGAUCAAAAGAACGAGCGAAUGACAGCACAAUAAAUGAUGUCAAAGCAGUCGAUAAGCGCAGCCUCGACUAUGUUUUGCGGAGUGGUCUGGCAGGAGGAUUAGCGGGAUGUGCUGCCAAGACAGUCGUUGCUCCCCUUGAUAGAGUCAAGAUCCUCUUCCAAGCGUCAAAUCCACAGUUUGCAAAAUACUCCGGCAGCUGGUCAGGUCUGGUCCUAGCGAUGCGCGAUAUACACAAAUACGAGGGUUCCCGGGGUCUUUACAAAGGACAUUCAGCAACAUUAUUACGAAUAUUUCCGUACGCCGCCAUCAAAUUUCUAGCAUAUGAGCAAAUCAGAGCGGUCAUCAUUUCAUCCAGGGAUAAAGAAACGCCGUUUCGCCGUCUGAUAUCCGGAAGUUUGGCCGGUGUGACAUCGGUGUUCUUUACAUACCCAUUAGAGGUUGUACGUGUGCGCAUGGCAUUCGAAACAAAGCGAAAUGCGCGCUCGUCCUACUCCGCAAUCUGUAAACAAAUAUACCAUGAACAGGCCUCUUCGCGACCAGUGGCUGCAAGUACCGGUGCCAACCAAUCAGCCGCAAUGGCUACCGCUCAAACCGUCUCAACAUCCAUCGACGCCGUCACGCCGCGGUCUGGCCUUGCCAACUUCUAUCGCGGAUUUGCUGCUACCAUUCUCGGCAUGAUCCCAUAUGCUGGAAUAUCAUUCUUGACGCACGAUACUGUUGGGGAUGUACUGCGUCUUCCAGCUCUUGCUCCGUAUACUACGAUACCUAACUCAGACGCCCCUAGCAAAUCGAAGAAACAACAGGGCAAACGUCGCCUGCAAUUGACUGCAUCUGCUGAGCUAUUCUCCGGCGCUGUAGCAGGCCUCAUGUCACAGACAUCAGCAUACCCACUUGAAGUAAUUCGUCGACGAAUGCAGGUCGGUGGUGCGACGGGCGAUGGCCGUCGACUAAAUAUUGCUGAUACAGCCCGCAAGAUCUUCUUGGAAAGAGGCUUCCGAGGGUUCUGGGUCGGUCUAACUAUUGGAUAUCUCAAGAUCGUGCCUAUGAGUGCCACAAGCUUCUUUGUCUACGAGAGGAUGAAGUGGUAUCUUGGUAUAUGA